AAACGUUUGCACGGUAGUGCGCAUCAAUUAGAAUUUUCAGGCGCGCACUCGUCCGCGUUGGCUGUGCAGGCUUUUCGAGAUGGCAGAGCAGGUUGAAGAGGAAGUGAUCGAGAUAGACAUGGUGCAGUUGAAGAAGAUGAAGGUGCCAGAACUUCGGAAACAGGCGGCCGAGUUGGGGCUCGAGACCAAGGGAACAAAAGCCGAAAUCCUGUCAAGAAUUGAGAAGUACCUAAAGGAGCAAGAUGAAGAGUUGUUAGAGGAGGAAGAAGAGGAGGAGAGGGAAGAGGGGGAAGAAGAAGAAGAACAAGAAGAAGGGGCUAAAGAUGAGAAAGAAACCGGUGAUAAAGAGGUGGCUCCGCCUCCAAAGAAUGCCACACCCCCUCCAUCAGGUGCCGAGCCAGCUGCAGAGGUCCCUGCACAACCAGCAACAACUGCAGUUGAACCCACAGACGGAGGAGGUGAAACAAAGGAGUUGACUGCCUCAGAGAGAAUGGCGAAAAGAGCCGAGAGGUUUGGUGCUAAUUCCAGCGAGGAGGCCAAAAAGUUAGCCAGAGCUCAGAGGUUUGGUACCAGUCUUGAGAAUGGGUCACGAGCUCCGCCAACUGUGAGAAACAACUACUGACUACAGUACAUCCACACAGCUACAUCAUAGUGUAUCCCCCUGUGUCUUCAGGCAGAGGAGAUGGCGAAGAUACAGAAGAGAGCAGAGAGGUUCGGGGUCAAAGUUGCUCCCUCUCUCACGCAGGUCGAAGAGAGUGAGAAGAAGCAGAAGAGGAAGGAGAGGUUUGGCCUGGCCGUCACUGAUCUGGGUGCAGAGGAACGAAAGAAAGCAAGGUUGGAAAGAUUUGGACAAAGUAUCUGAGAACAUAUCUACAUCAAUCAUACACGUUUGAUUUUUCGUGCAUGAAACUUGUUGGUGUCGUACUGCGCAUGCGCAAAUAUGAGUCAGCAGACCCGAACAAGACUGAACAAGGAAGCGACAUGAGUGCUGCUGACAAGCAACCGCUGAUUGGAGGAGAACCCUCGGCUCCCCCGCCGUACGCUCCUCCGAAAAACCCUCACGGUUACCCGCCUCCCGUUGCAGGAGGAGCUGCCUACCCGCCACCUCAGGCUCCUCCGCCUGCCUACGGUCACCCCCAGACACCAGCUGGCUAUGGAGCUACUCCUCACAUUACCGUGGUACAAGCUGCUCCCAUUGUGACCAGGCGGACUGUGAUUGAGCCAAAACCUCCGAACCACAUUCUCCUCUCUCUGAUUGUGUUUCUGAUGUUCUGCUGGGUUUUUGGGCUCAUUGCCCUCAUCAUGGGGAUGCAAGUUGACUCUGCCUGGGCUGCUGGAGAUGGGAACAGAGCUAGAAGACUUUCAGCGUCGGCUCGAGGGUGGAAUCUGGCCGGCAUGAUAUUUGGGAGUGUGCUAUACGUCACAAUCGUAGUGUCGUCUGUGACGUCCAGUGCUGCUGGCACCUAGUAGCUGCACCCUCUCUGAGUUUUUCAAACAGACUCAUGUGUUUCGCCACAUUAAGAAAAAUCUGUUUUGUUUGUGUGAAUUAUUCUUGAUCCUGUAACAUGCUAAUGAUAAUGUGUGCAGUUGAGUGUAAGUAUUUGGUGUAGGAGCCUUUAGGCCUGAUUGCGACAGAGUGUACAAGUAAAACUAAUGACAUGGACACUAAAGCACUAUCAUUGUUGGGGUGUUUGUAGCAGCUUUUCCAGAGCAUUGAGAGCGUCUUCUAUUUGCUGUUGACUUUCGACGAGGUCGUCAGAUCCGUCUGCUUGUUCACAGACCUCCCACAGCUCCCUCGUCUCACCGCCUUCACCAUCACCGCUCACCUCCUCUCCCCUCACUCUCCCCAAUCUCUCAAUCUUAACCUUCAACUGGCUCAACUCCUGACUGAGACACUCCCCUCGCUCCUGCUGCAGAAACAUUUCCAAGGCACUGUACACACAACCAUUUCCACAGACAAACACAAAUGUUGCACACCUGAGUCUCCCACUGAGUCUGGCCCACCUGAGACUAAUCUGGACACCCUCCCUGAACCCUCUCCUGAACCCUUUCUCUGUCACUUCCUGCUUACCUUCCUCCACUCCUUCCCUAAAACCUGCCUACUGGACAAAGGGAAGAAAAUUCAACCAAAUUUUAUUAAAUAUGAGAACGGAAGCUGACAUUCACGUGGGUUCUCGCAAGUUUCUGGUAGUCUUGAGCUGCAACUAGAAGGUCUGGGUCAUUACCCAUUGCUCCAUUGUCGUCCAUACUUUACACGAUCCAAUUAUGCGUAAACGUGACCACAAACCCGGAAAUAUUGAACACGAAAGGGACACAUUUCCCCAGCCGAACAAACAGCAGCGCGCCACAAUGGCCGGCUGAACUCCUCACAUCAUGGCGCACAAACCCACCGCCGGUAAAGACGGCCGCAGGGGUGGACUGGCCAGCGUGUGCUCGUACGGCUCGGCCAGUCCUGAGUCCCAGGGACCCAGAGACGCUCUGGAGAGUGUUAGCAACGAGUCUCUUGCCAGCUAUUCGCCUCCAGCGCUCUCGCCCGUGUCCGUGGAACCGUACCCGUCGACUACGAAGCCAACUUCCGAGGCCAAGGGCGGGAGGAAAGAGGGAGAGGGGAGGAAAGGGGGAGAGGGGAGGAAAGGGGGAGAGGGGAAGAAGCAGGGGAAGAGACGAAAGAGCCGGGACAAGGAGCACAGGAGACGGAGGCGGAGCAAGAGUCCUGGUGAAGGUAGCGCUCACAGGAAGAAGAAGAGAAGGCACGAGCCUGGGAGCCCGCGGAGGGCCAAGAAAUCCAGCUCCAAGAAGCAGAAGAAGCGACACCACCGCAGCUCCGUGUCCAGUCGAGAGAGCAAGGUCGUUCCCAGGAGCUACAGGAGCCCUUCUCCAGAUAAAGCCCACCGUCGGUCACCAAGCUCAGAACGACGGCGGUGGUCGCAGAACUAUGAUGAAAUAUCGUCCCCAGGUUCCCCCUAUCCCCCAUCUCACACUCGGCGCAGUCCUCACAACAGUCACUAUCAUCGCAGGUACCUCCACCGCUCACCACCUCAGAGUCGCCAUGGUUACUCCCCACACCGUCACCGCUCUCCCCACUCAGCGUAUUACUCUGGACGAUCUCCAUCUUCACCGGGGUUUCCUCGUUAUAACUCCAUCUCGCCCCCCCACAAGCGAUAUCGUGGAUCUCCAUCACCUCCACCGCGACGAAGACCCAGCCCCCCUCGCAGGAAAAGAGGGCGUGGCUACUCUCCUCCCUCAUCUCAUGGUAGGUUCAGCCGAAUGAAGUCAAACUCACCAGACGAGAGAGAAAGAUGGCAUGGUCGUUCCCCACAUCACGAAGCGUGCCCAGCUGGCUCUGAGGCCAAGAAGGAAGAGGAGAGAGAGAAUGCGAGACUGCGUUCUAAGACUGGCUCCAUAUCGUGGGAGAGAUCUGGGGAUGAAGGAGGAGAAGGAAAGAAAGUGGCAAAAGAAGCAACUGACUCUGCAAAACCUACCUCUCCCCCACCUCCACCCCCUCGUCCUCCGCCUGCUCCUGAGAACAAGGCUGUUAUAUCUGAACCUCAAGCAGUUGGAGUGAAAUCUGCAGCAGAAGAUGAAAAGAUGAAAGCAUUGCUCCCUGUGAAUGAGCCUGAACCAGCUGAAAAUCUGCCUCCUCCUCUGCCGUCAGAUGCCCCGCCCCCACCCCCGCCUCCAGAGGAAGACGAGAAGCCUCCGUUGCCACCCAUUCCCUCUCUCCCUGCCUUCGUCCCGCCCCCCACACCCACUCCGCCCGAUAACAAAAUCUCCGACACUUGUGCCACUCCUCUGGACCAAUCAAACCUGUCAACCUCGUCGCCGCUGAAACUUUCUUCAUCUCCAAUCAGUGUAGGGUCAUCCCCAGUUGUGUCUCGUCCGCUGUCCACCCAGACAACGGCUGUUGCUACUCCAGAGCUACCUCCGGAGCCUUUGCAGCCUCGUGAACACAAACCUCGCUGCAUCGAUGCCUUUGAAAUCAUCGACCAGAUUGGGGAGGGAACAUACGGCAAGGUGUACAAGGCUCGGGACACGGCGAACGGUGACCUGGUGGCGCUCAAGAUGGUGAGAACUGAUAACGAGAAAGAAAAGGAGGGGUUUCCCAUCACGGCGGUUCGGGAGGUCAAGAUCCUGCGGCAGUUGGCACACUCUAAUAUCGUCAACCUGAGGGAGAUUGUCACUGACAAGGUGAAUGCUGCUGACUUCAGAAAGAGUAAAGGGUCGUUCUAUCUGGUGUUUGAGUACUGUGACCACGACCUGGUGGGUCUCCUGGAGAGUGGCAUGGUCGAGUUCACUGAGCAACACAUCCAGAGCCUCUCGCUCCAGCUGGUGGAGGCCCUCCACUACUGCCACACCAGGAACUUCCUUCAUCGCGACCUCAAAUGCUCCAACAUCCUCAUCAACAACAAGGGGCAACUAAAGUUGGGAGAUUUUGGGCUAGCAAGAUUCUACCAUGCUGACGAUAAAAGUCGGCUGUACACGAAUAGAGUCAUCACACUGUGGUACAGACCUCCAGAGCUGCUGUUGGGAGAAGAGCACUAUGGUCCUGGAGUGGACAUGUGGUCUUGUGGCUGCAUUCUGGGAGAACUCUUUACCAAGAGACCGCUCUUCCCUGGCUACACCGAGAUUGGACAGCUGGAACUGAUCAGCAAGUCGUGUGGCACUCCCUCGCCUGCUGAUUGGCCCGAAGUCAUCAAACUCCCAAACUUCCAGACUUUCAAGUUCAAAAAGACUUAUCGCAGAAGACUGAAAGAAGAAUUCUCUAGCCAAAUUCCUGAGAGUGCUCUUGAUCUAAUGGAUCGUAUGUUGACCCUUGACCCCUCUCGGAGACUGACAGCUAGCGAGGCGUUAGAGCAUCCUUUUCUGAGUGGAUUUGACAAAGAUUGUGUGGCUCCACCAACGCUGCCACACACUCAGGACUGCCACGAGAUGUGGAGCAGGAAGAGAAGGAAGAAAGAGGCCAAGUCAGGCGGAGCGCAGGGAGGAGGGAAAGAGGGGAGAUCAGGCUCGCAACCUCCGACCCACCCUUCCUCUCCUCGUCUUCCUCUUGCCAACAGACCCACACCAACUGCCGCACGAAAUCAGGCCAAUUCCAGCAUUCCUUCAUCCCCCUCCCUCCCUCCUCCCACUUCCACACCUCCCCCGGGGUCUCACCUGGAGCCACACCCACCUCUUGCCAACCCAAAUCUGAAGCCGGGGCUCACUGUUCCUCCUCCACCGGCCCCCAUUAACCCCGCUGCCAUCUUGGAUUCAAUCAAGUCAUCCCUAAUGCACGAAGCUCCGCCCCCUCCACCUGCUACCAUGGCAACUGGUGGUGCUCCCGUAAAUUCAGUGGGGAGUGUACCUGUUUCCAUGGUGGCGGGGUCGUCGUCGUCGUCGUCAGUUUCAGUUGCCCAGCAACAAUCAGAUCAGCUGCAGCGUGUGAUAGAGGUGCAGCGGACACAGUUGAACCUGUUGUCACAGAUCACCAAGACGUUGGCUGACCAGCAGAGACAGAGUGCUAAUUCAAGGGGGCCCCCUGGUGUAACGAGGCCGGGGGUCCAGACUUUUGACUACGCUAAUAGGAGCAGUGCUGAGCUACAGAGUCUUGCCUUGAAACAACUGGAACAAGAAUACUCCAUUCGGGGUAGGUGGCCUUAGGACCGGGGUAAUUUUACCCCACGCUGUGGGGUACCACGUAAGGCUGUUGGUCAGCCAAGUCACUUGUGUUGGCUAUUGAAUGUGUGUUGAUUGUGAUUGCGUGUUGUGUGCACGCUGUAAUGUAUUAUUGAUGAUUCAUUGGUUCUUGUCC